GUGCGAGUGCAAGUGAGCAGAAGUGCGUCCGGAAUGUGCGCUGCAAGGUGACUGACUCCUCCCAGCCGUGAGCAAGAAGAACAAAUGCGAGAGACUUGCUUUUUUUUUCUUGUUGGCUCACUCGCUCGCCACUCGAAGGCGGAGGCAGGCAGGAAAGCGCACGAGUCAAGCUCUAGUUCUGAGUUACGUUUCAGCCGCUUCGCUUUGUGACACAACGCGCCACUGGUGGACUUAACCGCUUGGAUAGAAAAAAAACUAAACAAACUAACAAAGCCAAAGUUCCGAGGUGACCACGUCCCGAAAUCGAGCAAAGUGGAAGCGACGCCGGAGGAGGACGCGACUUUACCGGGCUGAGCCGUGGAGAGGAGUCUGCAAGAUGAAGGUCUUUCUCACUCCGCUGAUGCCACUCGUGCUCAUCCUCGUAACUGCAGAUGGCGUCAUGUCCAGUGAAUGCCCAAAGGAUUGCUCCUGUUCCACGCCGGAAUCCAUCUUAUGUUUCCAGAGACGUUCCGCCACCUUUCCUCAGGGAGUGCCGCCCUUGACAAGGAGCCUCUACCUUUUUGCCAAUGGAAUCGAGGGCUUGUCCUCCGAGGACUUUGAUGGUCUUGACAACUUGGAAAUGCUCGACCUCAGCCAAAACAAACUGACCAAAAUUUCUGAUGGGGUCUUCCUGCCGCUGACCUCUCUGAAGAAUUUGGACUUGUCAUCCAAUCAAAUCACCCACAUUUCCGAGCAAUGCUUCCAAGAUAUGGUACUGCUUGAGCGUCUUUAUUUGUAUAGCAACCAUAUCAAGACCAUCCACCCUGCUGCGUUUAAUGGCUUGGAUAACCUGCUGGAGCUCAAAUUGCAGGGCAACAGGUUGACGUCUUUGCCCGUUCUCGCAAUGCCCAGAUUGCUGUUGCUGGAUCUCCGUUUUAAUGUCAUACCGACAUUGGGGCCCUCAGACCUCCAAACCCCAAAUCUCGAGUCUCUCAAAUUAGGUGGUGUCGGACUAACCGACUUGAAUUCUGCGCUCAUAGGUGGUCUGAAGAACCUCCAUGAGCUGGAUGUCUCAAGAAACCAACUGGAGGUUCUUCCGCCAAUCCUGAAAGAAAUUCGGGGUCUGAUGUACCUCAACCUGGCUGGCAACCCCAUGGGUCCUCUUCAUUUUCAGGACCUGAAGAACCUCGAGGAACUGAAGGAGCUGGACAUUAGCAGCCUAAGUCUGCAAGGGCUCCCGGAGGACUUUGCACAGUUAUUCCCGCACCUGAGAAAGCUGAUUGUGGCGGAAAACCCCUUCAAUUGUCUGUGUACCUUAGCCUGGCUCCCAAGCUGGCUGCGAGCUCAAAGCAUUACCUUGGAGAGAACAGAGGAGACACGCUGCCAUUUUCCUCCAAUCAACGCUGGCAAGGUAGUGGAGAGACUGGAGUACCGGGAUUUUGGCUGCCCUACCACAACGGCACAAACUACGACCACAGUGAAAACUACUACCACUGUUCCUUUCACAACAUUAGAGAGUGCUACAACAGAUAUUCCGCUGCCCGGGGCUAAUGAUGACGAUGCAAAUGAAGACACCGAUGACCACUUUCCACCAGGUCCUACAUCACCAAGCGACAGCAACAUCGAUCCCGAUGAGGAACAGCACUUCUGCCCCUCUCACACUUGUCUCAAUGGUGGCACUUGUCGUCUGGACCAGUACGGUCAAGUCGAGUGUACGUGUCCACGUGGUACCUCUGGAUUUUAUUGCGAAGUCCAAAACGAUGAUCCAUCCUCACCCUCUAAACCUGUAUCGGUGACAACGGUCACCCCGAAUGCACCAGAUGUCAGUUCACGUCAGGCGACUUCCACGUCAAUCCUGCUGGAUCUUCAUCGCUACAUUGAAAUGCGACCAUACAUCCGUGGAAUCCGUCUAACCUACCGCAAUCUCUCCGGACCAGACCGCAGGCCAAUGCAACUCAGCCUGCCCGCUUCGUAUCCGGAAUACAGACUCAGAGGCCUGAACCCCAACUCCACUUACACCAUUUGUGCCAGUCCGCUGGGGGCCCCAAAUGGCAUCGACAGCGUAUGCACUCAGGCACAUACGGCCGAAGAAAAAAAUGACAGCAUCACGGGAGCACAACUAGUGAACAAGAAGAUGACCACCAUGUUGGUGCCUGCAAUCGCCAUCCUGCUCCUGCUGGUGCUCAUCGCAACCGCCGUGGGAGUGGUUUGCUUUGUCCGCAAGAAGAGGGCCAAAGGCAAUCUGGACCUAGAUUGUGAGCCUUCUCAGCUCGAGAUGGAUGGCGUCAAGGCCGGCUUAGACAACGGGGCACUGCCUCAAAAACAGGCGGAACUUAUGAUCCCUGAACCUGCUGUUCAAAAUGGCAACCUGGAAUAUGAAGUGCUGCUACUGCAGGACCACUGUAUAUCAAGUAAAAACAUAUCAAACAUGCCUUCAUACUUUUGACAUCUAGCUCAGACUAAAUAAGGACUUGGCCUCCCAGCUCUGUCCCCCACUGACUAAUACAGGCUAUUGUAGUCGGUCGCUGUAUGAGAGACAACAGAAUUACAGUCAAUGAUCAGCGCGGGAACGGGUUCAUUUUCUGACCAUUGUUUGGACUCGUGUGACAUUAAGAUCACAUUCCAAGACUGGAAACUGCUCCUGUACUAUCGGCAGCGGGUCCAAGGCCAUGCUUGGGAGAGAUGCUGGAUUUUCUUUGGUUGAAAUGUGUGUGGAGUCAGGAGUCUGCACUCACUUGCUGUAAUGCCACAUUUGUUUCCCUCGCACUCUUAUCGGCUGUAGACUGAUGCACCUCGGUAUGAACCCAAAGGGAUUCAUGCGAGUCGUUAAGUAGGUAAUGAAGUUGUGCAGAUAAGAUUAAGGAUGGUUUUAUUGCUUGACUGUCAACAAAAACGCGUUGCAACGUUGUCUCUCGAGCUCUUCAAAAGCCCUUAAGAUGACUCCAACAAUAUUGCGCUGAGGACUGCGACACGGGCAGAUUAAUGUAGCAAAACUCUACACGGGCCAUGUUGGAAGCCUACAUGCUGAAUACCCUACUCGAUUGGUACUAAAACAAAUGCUGAUUUUGUAUAUAAGUUUUAUAUGUCUUUUUGUACUGAGCAACUUUUUGACUUGUAACAGCCUUUUUCUACCUUACAGUACAUCGUCACCUCUUGUUACUAAUGGCGACUAAAUGACAGAUUUAAAUCUUUGAAGAUUAGAAAUCGUUUGGUACCAGCACGGUCCAAUCAAAGAGCUUUUGGCCCCCACGGUGUCAGACAGUCUAAGUAGAUGCAAGUCUGCAAAUACUCAAAGACUAACAAAAUCCCCUUUUGCAACAUUUGGAAGCCUGGGCUGACGCCAAAAAAAAGGGGGGGGGGGGAGUAAUCGGGAUUACAAGCAGGUACAAGAAAACAGUUGACUGAAGCCUUUGUGUUUUAGCUGCAUCUUAAUGCUUGCCUCAGUUUCAUUAAACACACAUUUGAAUUACGCAAAAAACAAAACAAAACACAGUGACUAUUUAUUAUUUAUUCUCUCUUUAAGGGAAAGGCAGUGUUUGCCCUUCAGUUACUGUUCAUGUACGAGCAAAGUUAUGUGGUACAAUGCCCACUCGUUGAUUUUAUACCGAAUGUGAAUUAAUCGUCAGACCAUCGUUCAAAGGACUAACGAGACUUCCAAAAUGGGGAUUUGAAUGUGCCGAGCGCAAGCAAGUACUCACUGCAAGUGUCGUUAAGAGUUAUGGAUGUAUAUGUGCUGGAGGAUAGAUCUGUCAACAUCAGUGCUCAUGAAAAGUGUCAUGUUGGGACUUGCGCUACUAACUAGCCACCCUUCCUUCCUACGUGCCCCCAUGUCUCGAGUUCAUUACAUCCCAGACUCUUCUAUCAACACAUCUGUGAAUGUCUGUUACCAGCAGUAUUUUCAAGGUCGGGUCCCCACACAAAGAACAUCUUUAUCGCUCCAACCAAAACAAAGAAAAGAACUAGCAAUUUUAACUGGAAGAUAUUUCUGUAAAACAGAAUUUGUUGAAAAUAAAUAUUUUCAAUGUUGUCAA